AUGGGUCGCUCCGUUGCGAAGAAGCCUGCAGCUGCCGUGAAAAGGAAGCCUGCUGCAGACCGGCCCGCUGCACGCUGCCGGCCGAAGUGCCGAAGCAUGAGUUUGCAGGCUUGGACCGAGAAAUAUUACCCGAACGACGUCAAGGGGAGGGACCGGAUGCCGAGUGAGGAGGUGGACACCGACUGCGGCUCGAUGGGUCGCUCCGUGGUGAAGAAGCCUGCGACUGCCAUGAAAAAGAUGUCUGUUGCACCCCGGCACACUGCACGCUGCCAGCCAAAGUACCAAAGCAUGAGUUUGGAGGCUUGGACUGAGAAAUAUUAUCCGAACGAUGUCAAGGAGAGGCACCCGAUGGCGACAGAGAAGAUGGACAUCGGCGAAGAGAAGAAGAACCGUCCGAGGAGCAAACACGAGUCGCCGACGGUGCCUGUUGUGAACGAAGUCCAGAAGCUCCUGCAACGUUUGCGCCAGCAAGGAGAGGCGCUGACGGUGGAACAGCUGGGUUGGAAUGUCAUGGACAGACUGGACGAGGCUUGGUUCACUGGGAGCGUGCCCGGCAUCGAGCGCGUCGCUCGUUUGCUGCAGGAUCUGUUCUAUCCACAUGGAGGCUUCCGACCGUCCAAAAACCCUGGCACCACGGCGGAUGUGUUGUUGGUCGUUGAUGCCAUUUGGCGUGAUGCCGUGAACUUCGCGCAGGCGUCCUGCGAGAAAGAUAUCGACGAGUGCCAAUGGAUUCAGUCAGACGCCGCCUGCCAAGCGGCCACGAAUCGACUCGACCCGGAUUGGGAAGACCGACUCGGCUCGACCCGGAGUGGGAAGAGCGACGGCCUGCCCGUCGCCGAUCUAGGAUCCGUCCACAUGGAGACCGGGCUGCUGAAGCCAUCGGAGUAUGGGGGACUCACCGGCACCGCCGUUGCAGGGCGGGUUGUGCUGCUGACCACGCAAGAAGUGGCGAUCAGGCCGAAAGCCGUCAGUGCCGCCGCGCCGGCCAAGGGCAAGGGCAAGAGCAAAAAGGGAUCGCAGCCGGCACCGCAGACAACAAGUCAGAAGACGGAGUUGCGUUUGGCGGGAGAAGACUCGGUCACCGAGGUGCUCUACAUUGACGCCUGGGGGACUGCGUCUGCAGAGCUCUGCGCGCGUUGCAAGGUUGGAGAUUUGAUUUCCAUCGCGGGUGCGUCAGUCAUGACGACGCCGCCGCCGUUUUCAACGUCCCGCAUGAGCUACUAUCUGCGGAUCAAGGGCAAGCUGGGAUUGGUGGUUACGGUAAACAAGAUCGAGAGCCUGCCUUGGGGCGAG